CUCUUCUUACUCCUACUCCUCCAAGUAUACAAAUGGACAUUGAUUCGACUUUAACUAUGGAGGGUGAAGGAAAUGUUGAAGAAGAACUUGGUUGAGGUAAAAGGAACAAGAAGUUAAGCUGGCAGUUGAAAUCUCCUUUUGAUAAGGAAGGAAAAACAGUAAGUUCCAAGGCAGACAAUCAAAAUACUCUGAAGAGUUCAGGUUGGAUAAAAUCAACCUAUACUCGUAUGUGUAUUUUUCAUUAUGCCAAAAAAGAUGAAAAAUUAGUGAAGAAAUUCAUUGUGUGGUUGGGCAAGGAGAAAAGGAGAGGUCGCAAAAAAGAGGGACAAAUUGAUUUAUAUGCUGAUGAUAAUAGUUUGAGGAAAAAACCAUACAAAUUGUAUCAUCAAAAAAUCAGUAGCAAAAUGUUUUUCCUUGAGCUUUCAGAUAGCAAAUUUGUUCUUGAUGAUAAGCAUAUUGACAUUGCUCUCUAUUAUCUGAGAAAGAAGGAAUGCUACCACCCUCGCGAUCAUCCUUUUCGAUGCACAACUACUGAUGUUCUUUUUGAUAAUUAUAUGGCACUUGUGUAUAAAGAUUUCAGUGAAGAUGCUAGUGAUGAGUUUUGGUGUGCUGGUGAUAAUCAGUUAUUUCUGACACCAUAUGUGUGGGGGGACAGCCGUAGAUGUGGAAUUGCAUGGACUGAGGUUGACAAAAUCUUUUUUCCAUGUCGGCUUCCAUCAGAAGAUGAUGAAGCUGUGACACACUUUUUGUUGGGAGUAUUGGACUUGAAUCAAAAAAAGAUUGAUGUAUAUGAUUCCAUAUACAGUGAGCCAUAUGAAGCAGGAAUGAACUACAUGCAAAUGUAUGCACGCAUGAUCCCCCAUUUGCUAAAGUUCUCACAGUUUGACAAAAAUCACAAGUCUUUUGGGAAUGUCUUCAACAAAUUUGAUAUACAGUGGCAAAGAUCACCANAUGGCAAAGAUCACCACACCAAACUGGAUC